AUGGGCAAUUGUUUCAGCAGCCCGAGCACGACCGAUAGGAUAGAACGGAACAAUCGGGGCCUAGGCGGCAGCUCGAUCGAAGAGAACGUCUUGCAGACGAACCCCAUUCCGACUCCGCCCUCGGAAGUGGCCAGGGCCCCCGUGGUGAACCCCGCGGAGCCCGAGCAGACCAGCGCGAGGAUCUUCGUCGCGUUGUACGACUACGAUGCCAGGACGGACGAGGACUUGAGUUUCAGGAAAGGCGAGCAUUUAGAGAUACUGAACGAUACUCAGGGUGACUGGUGGCUGGCCAGGAGCAAGAGGACGAGGCAGGAAGGGUACAUCCCCUCGAAUUAUGUAGCCAAAUUGAAGAGUAUCGAAGCUGAACCAUUCUCGGAAAUCCAGAUUCGAGAACGGGCGCCGGCGCCGCCAGCCAAAACGGGCGCCAGUACCGAUUGA